AUGGUAAGCCAGAAAGACAGAGUGAAACUCAAUGUUGGUGGAAAAAAGUUUGAAACUACGGCCACAACCUUAGCGGGUGCGGGAAGGAAUUCAUUCUUUGGAGCCAUGUUUGAUGAGAAUUGGAAACUGCAUUCUAAUGGGGCAAUCACUGAACUUUUCAUCGAUAGAAAUCCCGAUUACUUUGAUCAUUUAUGGUUAGCUAAAUGGGGUCCGCUUGAUGGUAAUAGGCUCCCGUUGGCCGAGUCUAUAACGGGCCCAACAGUAGGGAAGGCUGAUAAAAUUCGGGCUAGUCCGAAUAGCUGGUGCUGUGUGGUACGUGAUAAUAUGGUCAACGUGUACAAUUGGAUGCUAGAAGAGCAACGUACAAUAACCACUCGUGAUUAUCGUAGGGUCAACGAUGUUUGUUGGGUUGAUUCUGAUAACAUUGCGGUUAGUAGUUCUGACAAAUACCUAGCUAGUGGAGGCAUUGGGUUGUUCAGUGCAUCUACAGGGGAAUUGAAGUAUAAUUUUCAAGUUAAAGAUGAAGAUCAAUUGAGGAUUACACAGCAGAUGCACUCGGUGUUAGCUCGGUGA